AUGAAAUUCACUGUUGCUCUCAUUUUCACCACUCUGGCCACUGCCUCACCUCUGUCGGUCCGCCAAGAUGACGCCCUCACCAUCGUCAAUGACGCACUGGACGAUGCCCGCUCCGCGUCCGCCAACAGCAUCAUGAACACUCAAGGCGAAGGUCGCCAGCUCCUCGAGUGCGGAAGUCUGUGCACACAGUGCCGCAACGGAGCCAUCACCACUGCGCUCGGAGAAGUCGCCCUUUGCGGCACGGCUGCCCUAGCGGUUGAGGUCGCCACCGCUGGCAUUGCGACUAUCCUUGAGGUCGCCGGUUUCGUUGCAUGCGAAGCCACUGUUAUCGGCACUUUGAACACGGCCGAGGCAGAAUGCCAGGGUCUUGCUGAUCCCUAA